CAGGUGUCUCUUCCGCCCUCGCCCCACGCGGGGACGGAGCGGUCGCGCGCGCGGUCCGGGCUUCGGUGGAGCUGGCUGCGCCCGUGUCGAAUCGUGAAGUGGCCACCUGGUUUGGGCAGCUCUUUCAGACGUGUGUCGCCGAUGCCCUCCAAAUCUCCCCUCAGCGCAUCGAACUCUUGGGCGUGGAGGGCUGCACCCUGGCCUUCGCGCUGCACCCGCAGGCCGAGCGUGGCGCCGCCUCGCGCCGCGCGGAGGCCGAGGCCUCGCCGGAAGCGGCGAUGGAGGAGUUCUUUCAGCAGAUGUCUUCCAGAGCUUCUCCCUUGUCUUAUAGUGAACUGGCGCCCUUCCUGCCCAUGGCACAAGUGUCACAAGAGUCUUUGGGGCCUCCGCCACCUUUCCUGCCACCGGCCGGACGGCCUGCAGCGCUGCCUGAAAGUCCCGGGUUGGGAGCACUGGAAGAGGUGCUGUCCGGCGUUCUAGACAGGCUCUUUGAGGUGAUUUCGGCCUCCGGUGUCGACCCAGCGAUGGCCUUUGCGGUCCUGGACCGAGACCAAAAUGGCGUCAUCGCUGUGGCGGAGAUGGUGGCACUGCUGCAGCACUUGGGGCUGCCCUUGUCUCAGGAGGUCUUGGCUUUGCCCAGCGAGAGCUUUCUGGACUGGAACGACUUCAUGCGAAGCUUCCACGCUUGGCAUCAACGCCAUGCACAGCCACCCCCACCAGGCUUCGGUGCUUCACCAGAGGAGAUGCACGAGCGAUGCUUGUUGCCGGACUUCUGGAUGUUCGCGAUCUUGCAGGAAUGCCAAUCCGGCCGGAUUCCAAGCGACGGCCCUCGCCCCGCCGAGCGCGGCAACGGCGACGCGGCGGCCGCGCUGCGCCCCGCGACGUGGCGCCUCUUCGCUGCCGCGCUCGGCCUCUCCGACGCGGCGGCCGCGCACAGCUUCCGGUUCAGUGAUCCGCAUGGCCUGGGCACCGUGAACUACCGGAACUUCCGGCGCUAUUUGAACCGCCUCCAGGAGUUGUACUGCCAGCGGCACCCCGAACUCCAGGAACCCUUGCAAGUCCUGCGGCAGGCGGCGCGCGCCCAGCUGGAACUCGUGAACGUGGACGACGCGCCACUCGCGGAGCCCGGGAAGACGGCGCAGGUGGUCGAGGUCUUGCGGCGCAUGGGGCACACGCUGGAGACGCCGGUGACACUGCCCGAUUUGCAUGAGCUGCUCUUGGCCUUGCGUUUGCCACCUCACCUGGCUCAGCCCUUCUUGCGCUGGUGGCAGCAGCUGCACCACGCUUUCGUGUCCGCUGAAGCCGGUGGAGUCAUGGAGCUGAAGCCGUUGAGCUAUGGGAAGUGGCUGGCCAUGCUGCGUGCCUCACGCGGGUGGCUUCAGAGUCACUUAGAUGGCUUCUGUGGUGCAUGCAUGCUGGCGGGCCUGGACUUGCGGACGCUGCUGUGCUUCGCCCUCCGCCGCCCUACGCAGGCCUUGGCGGGCGAGGAACUGCUGGAGGUGGUGGCGGGCCAAGCGAACUUGCAAGCGGUCGAUUUGAAGGAUGUGCUGUUGGUCUUGGACCCCCACGGGUGUAACCAGAUCUUUGCUCCUGACCUGGUGGAAGCCUACGAGAAGUUCCGCGGGAGGUUCGAAACCUUGCUGAGCACCAUGGCCAAAUGCAUUGGCUCCAAAUCCACCGAGCCCGAUCAGCUCUUCCGGCGAAAGUCCUUAGCCGCCUUUGUGGGUGGCAUCUGUCGAUGAGAGGUCGUAGACUCCAGCAGGUUCGGUGUGGUGAACUGGGAACUCCCUGGAAGUCGACUAUAGGAAACUUCCUCAAAUCAGGUCCACAGGUCCUGUCUUUUUGGACUCCCAGGGUCACCUGGCUCACCUGGUUUGCAGGCGCAAGAACGAUGCGAAAGCCUGUCUCGACGGGACGCGGUCUCUGAGAGCGAAGCAAAGACCCUCGCGAUGGGAAUGGCGUCCCCAGCCGUGGCCAUCCAAAAAGAGGUGAGGACAGGAAGGUUUGUUCAGAGACCCUUGCUGAAUCACGUCCUCUGCUCGACAGUCGUACGUUUUGGCAGA